AUGGUCGCUACAUCUUCAUUUGUUCUCGCUGCCGCCAGCCUCCUUAGCCUUGUUCAGGCUGCUCCUCUUGAGAGCUCAGUCGACGCUCCUUUGGCUCCCCGUGCCGUUGCCUACAAGACCUACAAGGGUGAUGGAACUACCGCCCAGGGCUGGCCAUCAACCUCCCAGUGGGCGAGCUUUGACACCAUCUGGAACGCUCACGUCGCUUACACGAACGGUGCUUGCAAAUAUCUCGGAGUUGGUGCCAAUUCCGCCGCUGAGAACAAUGCCAUGAAGGCUGCUAUCAAGCAAGUCGGAACCGACUCUGGUCUCGAUGCACGAUUCAUUCUCGCUGCCGUCUUCCAGGAGUCUUCUGGUUGUGUGCGUGUCAAAACAAGCUACUCGACCAACGAGGGAUACCGCAACCCAGGUCUCCUCCAAUGCUUCAACGGCAAGCACACCUGCAACGAUCCCAAGGCUGGAGUGAGCCUCCGAACCCCAUGCCCUGACGAUCAGAUCAAGGGCAUGAUCACUGAUGGUGUCGGUCUCACCACCUCCGAUGGUCUCAAGCAAACUGUCGCCCGCAGCAAGGCCACGGAUGUCAGCAAGUACUACAAGGGUGCUCUCCUCUACAACUCUGGCGUCAUGCCUGAAUCCGGAAACCUAGGAAAGGGCCGCUCCAACCCUUGUUAUUCGAGCGAUAUCGCCAACCGCUUGAUGGGUUGGUCUGCGGACUCGUCACCUUGCAACAGGAAGACUGUGGGAAACUAG